AUGCAGACGCGGGCAAAGAAAGGUGCGGUCCGCGCCGACUCGCCCAUCCUCUACAGCGCCAGCGUCGCGCCCGGUGCGAAUCAGUACUACGGCCAACUGGUCGUGACCAACCUCCACCGAGAAGACAGCUCCGCCAUCACCAUCAGUGAAUUCCUCGGCGUCGAAUUUCGUUCACCUGCCCCGCUCAAGACCACGGACUUCUGGGCCACGACAACACCAUGGGUUGAGAUCACGCCUGAGAUAACCAGCACGCAAAUCGACACGGACGUCUUCAUCAUCACUGCUAAGCUGUACAUCUCGGGCGGUUUCACAUUCAAGACCGGCGACAUCUUCAACUGGGGCAUCAACGGCGACCUGACCAAGGAUCCAGGCAGCUGGACCUCCUCCUUCGCCUUUGAGGUCGACGCUCUGCCCGAUACCACCGGCAUCGUCAGUGUCAAGGUCGCCGAGGCUCCGGACCCUGCCUUGUCGUCGUGUGAGCAAACGGUGACCUUUACGCAAGGCCAACUGGUCCAGACCGUCAAGGCACUUCCAGCCGCGACCAUAGAGGAAAAGAUCCAUACUGGCACCUACGCUGUCACCGCGCCGGACCUUGCCACUGAAGACGAGACUACUGUGGCUGCCGCCCAAGUCGACCCCACCUCUGUCACGGUCGUGUCGAGCGAGACCACAGAUGUCGCGGUCACAUAUGGCGAGGUCUCCAAGUACAGCGCCAUCGAUGUGAUUGUCGGCGACCUGCCCGAGCUUUCCGACGAGCAACUUCACGUCACCAUCAGCGACCAGAGCGGCGGUCCCCCCAUUGCCGACUUUACUAGCUCCGUCAACAAGACAACCUCGCUUCGCCGACUGCCAGCGGCAGGCAUCGCGACCGUUUCGGUCGAUCCCAUCGUGCUCAACAACGUGGAAUAUUCGUUCAACGUCCAGGUCCUCGAGCUGUCGAGCAAGCUGUUUCAGGUCUCUUUCACCGAGAAGAACUUGACAGUAAAGCCGAUAGAUACCACCGGCUUUGUGGAACUCCCCAUUGAGGUAUCGACGGACCUGUCGCUGUCGUCGACCAUCCAGGUGCGCCUUGUUUCCGACGCUGGCACGUACACUCAGACGGUCCCUGCCGAGUCUGGCUCAACCGAGGUUGCCGUGCCUGUGGCCCCUGGCACAUACCAAGUCACGGCACCUGGCUUCUUGCAAAGCGGCACAGUCUACUUUGUGCAUGGCCCAUCGUCGCUAGAUGUCGCCAGCGACGGGAGCACUGCUCUCCAGUUGACGCUCACCAAGGGCGCCAACCUGCUGGUCCGCGGCUUCCCCGACUUCCUGAGCUUCGGAGGGUGCAGCGACCUCACGCCCGGCAACCAAGCCGACUUCGUGGCCGCGAGGACCACUUCCAUAUUCAAGUACGCAGGCGUCGACGGAGCUGGCGAUCCGGGCAGCAACCUCCCCGACGACCAAGCUACCAAGCAGACUAUUGCCCUGGCCCGGAAGAUUGAGGCUGAACUGGGUGAGGGUAACUCUGUGCUGCCCGUCAUGAUCUCCUACACAUGCAAUCUUUCUCUGGGCGACAUCACGAAGCAGCUGUCCAACGUCACGGCGCUCGCCAACAGCUUCGGCAACUACAUCCUGUCGCUGACCAUCGCUAAAUCCAACAUAGACGCGGAUCACCCCGUGCCGGCGGGCUACGUCGUGAACCCGGACUUCAUCGGCGCGUGCCAGCAAGAGAAGAUCAGCGCCGACUACGCCAUGCCCGUGCGGGAGCCUCUACAGACGGCCCUCGACUUCCGUCAGAUCCCCGGCACGAUCCCCGAGGACAUUGAAGACAACGUCCGCGGCUACGUCCAGGCGGUCAACUGGCUCACCAGGGUCGUCGCCCCGGAGGUCACCUUUGGCUGGCAGGUCAACCUCUGGGGCGUCGGCUCCGCCAACUGGAUGUACGGGUUCGACGACGAGCCCGCGGUCAACGCCAAGGCGACGGCCGACUACGUCAAGUCGCUGGGCGUCUUCGACGGCAACGAUUCGCCCGACUUCCUGGCCGUGGACCGGUACGAGGCCGACGACUUCACGGUCCGCUCUUACGGCAACAGCUACUGCUACGGCCCGAACGAGUGGCCGCGCUUCUUCGACUUCUGCCAGGCCCUCGGCGAGGCCCUAGUCGCGCCCAUCAUGCCGUGGCAGAUCCCCGCGAGCCACACCCCCAACAUCAACGACGCCGUCAAUGACGACUUCGACUCGCAGCACUGGGGCACGGGCGGCACCUACAUCUUCGGGGACGCGGCCAUCGGCUCCGACAUCGGCAACGUCAACCACAAGCUCCUCGCCUUCGAGUUCCCCGUCUACUACCCCUUCAUGGGCAAGACGGUCGAGGACAUAUUCACCCGCGGCGAGCCCUUCAACUGGACGCCCGCCGCCCUCACCGACUUCCCGCUCAAGGGCAUCUUCACCGUCCUCCUCGGCGGCGGCUCCACCACGGGCAUCGUCUCGAGCAUCGGAUGCCCGGACUCGUUUGUGCGCGACAAGCUCCACGCGUACAUGGAGAACCCCAUCCGCCUGGACUGA